AUGUUAGAAAAAUAUCUCAUGGAGAUACCUUUCCAGUCCAAAAUUUUGGAUCCCACAAAUUGCCAUGAUGAUGAUAUCAAGCCUACUUUAUGGCAAUUACAUUUAUAUCCGAAUGGUGAUUUAGGAGCUAGAAAUUAUAAUUCUGUUUCUCUUGAAGCUAUUAAAACACCAUUUGAACGUUCGAAUAAUAUAAACGAGAGAGAACAAAGACACAAGCUUGGAAUUGGGAAAACUUUUGUCAAUCGAUCAUUCAGAUCAACUGAUAUCUUUAUUCAAAUUACGUUUAUUGACCCUGAUGAAAGUAUUGAAAGGAAUGAGACUUUAUACGAAAAAACAGAGAAAGUUUUUGAAGAUGAUGAAUUGGCGGAUAUCGAAUUUAAUUUUGAUUGUGAUAAACCCGUUAAGGCACAUCGUGUGAUUUAA